AUGGCAUCCCAGCACAACUCCCUUCGCGACCGCCAAAUCGUCCUGAACCUCAACCACGCCUCUCCCGAAAGCGCAGAUACACAGCAUGAUGCUACCCUUGCCAACGGUCUCGUCACCAAAGCCACGCCUAUCCUCAAUGCCGACGGCGAACCCAUCUGGAAGGUACUUGUCUUUGACAACCUGGGAAGAGAUAUGAUCAGCAGCGUCCUUCGCGUCUCGGACUUGCGCUCCUGGGGAGUCACUAUACAUCUGUACGUCGAUGAAUUCAGCUGCCUACUUCUCAGGCCUCUGCGCAUGCUGAGUCUUGCUACAGAGCUGCUGCUGACAGCAACGUGUCAGANNCCCAUUACCUCAAAGCGUCAUCCCAUUCCCGACGUUCCCGCCCUUUACCUCGUCGAACCUACCCCUGAGAACCUGAACAUAAUCGCUUCCGAUCUCGCGAACGGCCUCUAUUCCUCUGCCUACGUCAACUUCCNNCUCUCGUCAAUAUCAAGACCUGUUUUGGAGGACUUUGCGGCACAAAUCGCGUCAGGAGGAACAUCGGAAAGCAUCGAGCAAGUCUACGACCAAUACCUGAACUUCGUUGUUAGCGAACCCAACUUGUUCAGUCUGGGCAUGGGCAAGGAUGUCUAUUACACCAUGAACAGUGCGCAAACUAGCGACGAGGAGAUUGAUACAAAAGUCGAUCGUAUCGUUAGUGGUUUGUUCAGUGUAGCCGUGACUAUGGGUGAGUUGAGCAAAUGCUCUUGCGACCCUCAUGCUGACCAACCUANNGGCUCUAUUCCCAUCAUUAGAUGUCCAAAAGGCGGCGCAGCCGAGAUGAUUGCAGCCAAGCUUGACCGUAAACUGCGCGAUCACAUUCUGAAUGCAAAAGACAAUCUCUUCUCCGGCGCUAAUGCUCGCAACAACACCGCAGCUGCCAUACCAGCUUCACGGCCUAUCCUGAUCAUCGUCGACAGAAACCUUGACCUCGUUCCCAUGCUAUCACACUCCUGGACAUACCAAUCUUUGGUGCACGACGUGCUCAAGAUGCAUCUCAACCGCAUAACAGUUGAGCUACCAGGAGAUGAUGCGGAUGCGACCAAGCCUGCGACGAAACGAUCAUACGAUCUGAACACGAACGACUUCUUCUGGACCAGGAAUGCGGGAGUUCCGUUCCCGCAAGUCGCCGAAGACAUCGACACCGAAUUGACUCGCUACAAGGAAGACGCUAACGAGAUCACCAAGAAAACUGGUGCUUCUUCGAUUGAGGACCUGCAAAACGACACUUCAACUUCGGCUCAGCAUCUGAAGGCAGCUAUCACUUUGUUGCCUGAACUGCGCGAACGCAAGAAUAUUCUUGACAUGCACAUGAACAUCGCUACGGCACUUUUGAAGGGCAUCAAAGAAAGACAAUUAGAUAACUUCUUCCAGCUAGAGGAAGACAUCAAGAAGCAGACCAAGGCACAGAUGCUAGAGUUGAUUACGGACUCUGACAAAGGCAAAGAACCUUUGGAUAAACUCCGAAUCUUCAUCAUCUGGUUCUUGAGCACCGAGCAGGACGUAUCUCGGGCAGACAUGGACAAGUUUGAAGAGGCUUUGCGCAAUACUGGGGUUGAUACCACGCCUUUGACCUAUCCUGCUCAAUCAUCAACUUCGAACGACCUCUUCCGUGGAUUCAGCUCACUCUCUAAAGGUUUGACGGACAAGUUUAAGGAGGCUGGUAUUGGCUCGAAUUUUGAAAACUUGAUCUCGGGCGUCAAGAACUUCCUACCUGCCAACAAAGACCUGACCCUGACCAAGAUCACGGAAUCAUUGAUGGAUCCAUCCAACGCUAGUACGAGCGCACUCCAGAAGACAGAAGGGUAUCUUUACUUCGAUCCUCGCAGCGCAAAUGCUAGAGGCACAAUGCCGCCGUCAGCAGCUCAGGCUAGAAACCCUGGUGGCAGCAGUGUGACGCGAGGUAUUGAAGCAAGCUUCGGUCAGCGAAGACAGGGUUACAGUGAGGCCAUUGUCUUCACGGUCGGCGGUGGCAGUAUGGAUGAGUACGGCAACUUGCAAGACUGGGCCAACAGGACAAGUGGACAGGGAGCCGCAGGCUCGGUGAGCAAGAAACGUAUUGUGUACGGCAGCACAGAGCUUGUGAAUGCGGAAGACUUUGUGCUCGGAGAGUUGACUAAACUCGGCAAUGAAAGCGCAUAG